UCCUUUUCACAGGCAGGUGCCCCGCCAGCUUUUCGCUUUUUUUUAAGCUUCUUUCAACAUCUAAGGAGAAACUCAUAACUGUCAUUUUGCGAGUUACUUGGCGCGUCUUGUUAGCAGCGAUGGCGGCGGGUUGGUGGUAUAAAUAGAGAAGUGAAUUUAUCAGCUGACACACAUCGCACGGACUCUGGAGACUGAUGCGCUUUGACUCGUUUGCACACCUGCCUUUAUUUCGAGUAGAACUGAUUUACAGCCGGAUCACAGAAACACACAUUACUUUGUUCGUUUGGUUGUUUUAACUUUCAGCACUUGUUGAAUUGCGCGCCGCUCUGAAGAUGUGGUGGAUGCUGUUUCCGCGCUGGAUCUGGUUCCUGACGUGUGUGUCAGUGUGGAUGGAGCUCCAGGUCGGAGUUUUGACCCACAUUGACUAUACGCACGGGGGGGAUCUGCCCCAAUGAUAUGAACCCCAACCUGUGGGUAGACGCCAUGAGCACCUGCACACGAGAGUGUGAAUCUGACCAGGAGUGUGAGUCCUAUGAGAAGUGUUGUCAAAAUGUGUGUGGGAAUCGAAGCUGUGUAGCAGCCCGUUAUGUGGAUGGAAAGAAGGGCCCCGUGGGAAUGCCAAAGGAAGCAACCUGUGCCAGUUUCAUGUGCACUCAGCAGGGCUCUGAGUGUGACAUCUGGGACGGUCAGCCGGUGUGCAAAUGCCGGGACCGCUGUGAGAAAGAGCCACAUUUCACCUGCGCCUCUGACGGCAUGACCUACUACAACAAGUGCUACAUGGAUGCAGAGGCAUGCUCCAAGGGCAUCACCCUGACUGUUGUCAUAUGCCGCUUCAAUCUGAUGUGGCCCAACACAAGCCCUUCUCUGCCCCAGGUGACCACUCUCCGGCCAACCACUGCGACCCUUCAGGCGACUAUCCCACCCACCACUGAGCCUCAGCCACCUGUGCUGAUCAGCAGCCCCACUCCACAGACUGUGAAUGUCGGGGAAACGGCAAGCUUCCUGUGUGACAUCAUCGGUCGCCCCCGGCCUGAGAUCACAUGGGAGAAGCAGAUGCCUGAUGGGGUAGAGAGGGUUCUCAUGAGGCCCAAUCAUGUUAGGGGUAACAUGGUGGUCACAAACAUCGGUCAGCUUGUCAUCUAUAAUGCCCAGCUGCGUGAUUCAGGCAUCUACACCUGCACGGCUCAGAACCCAUCUGGUUUAGUGCAAGCCAAACACCCAUUUACUGUGUUGCCCACAGAGUUACACAAAACUCCUGAACCCAAGAACCAGACCCGCUGCCUGCCUGACGAGUGUCUGAAACCCCUUGAUAGUGCAGAGGAUUGUGGGAGUGAGCUGCAGAAAGUCAGCUGGUACUACGAGUCCAAAUCCAACAACUGCUUCUCCUUUACGCACUGCCACAACAACAGCCAGCAGCCCAGGAAGGUGUUCCAGACAUACGAGGAGUGCAUGCAGUGCUGUGGUCCAGAACUGUUGGGCCCCUGUGGGCUCCCCACCCUGCAAGGCCCCUGCAAGGCGUACGAGCCGCGGUGGGCGUACAGCACCACCCUGCAGCAGUGUCAGUCCUUCAUUUACGGAGGUUGUGAAGGAAAUGAAAACAACUUUGAAUCUAAAGAAGGCUGCGAGGAGAUGUGCCCCUUCCCCAAAAACCAAAACUGCAAGGCCUGUAAGCCGAGAGGCAAGAUGGUGACGAGCUUCUGCCGCAGCGACUUCGUCAUCCUGGGUCGCAUGUCUGACCUCACGGAGGAGAAAGACUCAGGCCACGCCCUCGUGACUGUGGAGGAGAUCUUCAAAGAUGAGAAGAUGGGUCUCCGCUUCUUUGGCAAGGAGCCCCUUGAGGUCACUUUUAUCAACAUGGACUGGAACUGCCCAUGCCCCAACAUCACAGCUGCUGCUGCAGAGGGCCAGGUCAUCAUCAUGGGCAAUGUCAGCGAUGGCAUGGCCAUCCUUCAGCCUGAGAGUUACGUGGGUGCAUCUAGCCCUCGUCGGGUACGGAAACUGAAAGAGGUCAUCUCUAAGAACACAUGUGACAUUCUCAAAGCGAUCACCAACAGCCCUCAGUAGGGCUAAUAUCUGUACAUAACGUUAAGCUGUUAUAUUCUGAACAUUGCCCACAGUACUGUCGAGAUCUUUGAGCAUUCUAGCUACAUUUGGAGUUCUUAAUGUUUUACUAUGAUAUUGUUUAUGUUUUGUGUUGUCAGUUUGCAGGGAAGCAUUUCUUUGUCCAGCCAUUGGAGUUAUUAACCCAAAUGCCAUGUAUGUGAACACAGGAGAGUUUCUUUACUCUGUCCUCCCUCAUAUCCUCUCUCACCUAUGCAGAAAUAUAGCUUGUAGACAUUUGGCAUCAAAGCAUGAAACAAUUUGAACUCUCCAUUUUAAAUACUUGGUAUGUGACCAGGAACUUUUAGCAUCCUAACAUUUACUCGGUGUGGCACACCAGGACAUGUGCCAUACUGCAUAUGCAGUAUGACUGCAUAGAUUUCAUCCAAAUGAAUGAGUUGUAAAAUAUUCUAUUUACCACAUUUUCUCCAAAGCAGUUGCUCAUUUUAUAUCGUCCUUCUCUUAUUUCUUGGGUAUUUAUUACCAUGGAAGCUUGUCUUUGAUUUUGUACCUCACAUCCUCUCUGAAAUCAAGUGGACUUUUGUAUUUUGUGUAAUGUAUAAAGAAAAUA